AUGCACAUUCUCCCACAAGCUCUCGUGCUUCUCUUUUUCGUGACGUGGGGGGUCAGGGCUGCCCUACUGACGUCCGUCUCCCAACUGAAUCCUGGCGGCUACGACUUCAUUAUUAUUGGUGGCGGAACGGCGGGAAGCGUGCUGGCCAAUCGUCUGUCUGAGAAUCCCAAAAUCAAGGUGUUGGUCAUAGAAGCGGGGAUUAGGCUAGUAUCACAUUUAAACAACGAAGACAUCCAGGAUGUUGACAUUCCUUUCCUUGCCACAGCGUUGCCCUCAACUAGCGUUGAUUGGAACUUCACGACGACUGAUCAAGCCCCUACAGCCGGCCUUAACAAUCGUUCGAUAGAACUGGCAAGGGGUUUCGUGCUUGGGGGAAGCAGCAGUAUCAACUACAUGACAUGGAAUCGUUGCUCAAACGACUACUGGGACUCAUUGGCAACUGUGUCCCAAGACCCUAUGUGGUCUUGGCCUGCAGUUGAGUACUACUAUCUGAGGACUUCUACGCUAGUCCCUCCCUCCGACUGGUCACAAUACCACAGGACAAGUGUUAGCCUUCCUGGUUAUGCGACGGAACUCGAUCAGCGCGUUGUAGAUUCUGCCUUCAUUCUCGGUGGCCGAUUUGCCUACAAUGAGGAUUUCAAUACCGGAAAGUCGGUGGGUCUUGGCUAUGUACAGAACGCUAUAGGAAACGGGACUCGGAGCAGUGCUGCAACCGCGUACCUUCUACCCAUUAUCGACCGUUGUAAUGUCGAUGUCAUUAUCUCGACGCGCGUUACCAAAAUUUCGGGAUCCCUCACGGCUUCCGAGAUCGACACAGUCGAGAUUGCUCAGAGCGCUAAUGGCACCCGCACGAAAAUCAAAGCGAAAAAAGAGGUGCUACUUAGCGCAGGAACGCCUCACCUUCUCUCGCUUUCCGGAAUCGGGCCCAGAGAUAUUCUGUCAGAGCUAGGUAUUGACGUUAUUGUCGAUGCGCCGGCCGUUGGCGCCAACCUUGUUGAUCACCCACUGGUCGCGAAUUACUUCACGGUUAAUUCAAACAACACAUGGGACCCUAUCCUCCGGAAUAAAACCCUAUUUGGGGAUAUUCUCGAAGACUGGGAGACAGAAAGGCAAGGUUUAUUCGUUGACACACCUGGGAACACACAAGGGUACUUUAAGUUGCCAACUUAUCCCGGGGGUGUGGAUCCAUCAACAGGGCCGCUGUCGGCAAAUACGGAAGUCAUAUUUGCAAAUGGAUUUGCGCCCUUUGGCCCAGCAUCCUUCCCGGACAGCGGCUCUUACAUGAGUGUCCUUGCAGCCGUUGUCUCGCCGACGUCACGAGGAACGGUUGUCAUUAACUCCACUGACCCUUUUGCUGCACCAGUUAUCGAUCUCGGCAUCCUGAGCACCGAGUUUGACAUAGUGGCUAUGAUCCAGGUUAUUAAGGACAUCCAGGCCAUCCUCGCCACCUCCCCUUGGGAAGGAUACGUCACCGGUAUCUAUGGAGAUCUCGCGAAUGCCACUACGGACGAUGAAUUGACGGAGUUUAUUCGCAACAACGCGGUGACUGUAAACCACGCAGUUGGGACAGCGAAAAUAGGUGAUGUAGUGGACUCGCAUCUCAACGUAAUUGGUGUGUCAGGACUGAGGGUUAUUGAUGCUUCUAUUCUUCAUACAAUUCCCGAAUGCCACCCACAAGCCAUCGUUUACACGGUCGCUGAACGUACGGCAGCGCUAAUCAAACAUCAGUACGGUAUUUGA